UGCGAUGUGCGAAAGAAGAAUAUAAGAGAAAAAGAUGGAGGAGGUAGAGAGACUGUGGAACGAAGUGAGAGAGCUAAGCUUAGGCAACAACAGCAAAGUGGAAAGACUGCAAACCCCACCAACCGCCCUUCAAUUCCUCAGAGAUUUCGUUAACCCAAACAAACCCUGCAUCAUCUCCAACGCUAUCAACCACUGGCCAGCACUCUCCCUUUGGGCCCAGGCCCAACCCAAUCAGGCCCAACAUUCCUACCUCUCCCGCUCCCUCUCCUCCUCCAGCGUCUCCCUCCACCUCACCCCCUCCGGCCGCGCCGACGCCCUCGCCCCUCUCCCUUCCUCUCCUUCCUCCCUCUGCUUCGCCUCCGCUCACGUGCAGCGCACGCCCUUCCCCGAGGCCCUCCGCCUCAUCGCCUCCCCCGAUGACAACCCCGCCGUCGUCGCCUACGCCCAGCAGCAGAACGACUGCUUCCGCUCCGAGUACUCCGCCCUCGCCACCGAUUGCGACCCGCACAUCGAUUGGGCCACGGAGGCUUUCGGCGGCGCUUUGCCUGAAGCUGUGAACCUCUGGAUUGGUAACCAGCGUUCUCACACUUCAUUCCACAAGGAUCACUACGAGAAUCUGUAUGCCGUUGUCUCGGGAGAGAAGCACUUCAUUCUGUUGCCUCCCACUGAUGUUCAUAGACUCUACAUCCGUCAAUACCCUGCUGCCACUUACAGAUACUCUUCGGACACUGGAGAGUUUGAUUUGGAGCUCGAGGAGCCUAUUAGAUAUGUUCCAUGGUGCAGUGUAGACCCUUUUCCUCCUCCUGAGAAACUCCAUGAGGAGGUGUCUAAGUUCCCCUUGUACUUCAAUGGCCCUAAGCCAUUUGAGUGUACAGUGAAGGCUGGGGAGAUUCUCUACUUGCCAAGUAUGUGGUUUCAUCAUGUUAGACAGAGUUCAGGUGAUGGAGGAUGCACUAUUGCAGUAAACUAUUGGUAUGAUAUGCAAUUUGACAUUAAGUAUGCAUAUUUCAAUUUCUUACAAUCUAUCCAUUACCGAUCUCCAAGUCUACUAUUGCCUGAGAAAUUUCCUGAGGAGACAGAUUCAGAUCCUCAUGGCUUAUCACACUGAUGAAAAUAGUUGUUCCUUAGCCAGUAUUCUUUGGGAAAAUGCAAGAGAUUCGGAAGUGUCAUGGAAACAUUUCGGGGAAGCAUUGAUUGAUUCCCAAAACAAGCAACUAACUCUUGGAAGCUGGAACUCUUUUAAGAUUUUUGACAUCUCUACCUGAUACGUGGCAAGUGCCAACACAACUUUGUUUUGUCCUUCAAUUGUGAUAUCAGUUUUUGCUGUAAUCAUUUAAUUUUCGCUAUUUCUGGUGAUGCUGAUGAGAAUGAGAGAGACUGAAUAGUUCAGUUCAGCAAUUUUCUCCUAAAACAAGCGUAUUCCUUUUUAUUAUAGUUGUAAUAUUGUCACAUUUUUCGCACAUUUUAUUCCCUUCCUAAUCUGUGUUGUGUUCUACAGUGUGUAUUUAGUUU